ACAAAAAACGAAGUCGUUUUUGCUGAUCGAAAAGAGAACAGAGAAAAUCGCCAUAAUAGGAUUUUAGAUCAAAUGUUUUCUUUGUUCCCGUCUCUUUGUCUCUUGUCUCUUGUCGCUUGUUUCCACUACUAACUAAUUAAUUCUAAAAAGAACGAAACAAAGAAAACUGCAAUCAUCUGUUUCCGUCUGUUUCUCUCGCUGCAGUCACUUUUUUAGAACCAAAACACAAGAAUUUUGACUCGAUUAGGAUGGUUUGGUUUGAUGAGACUGUUGUUUGAUCUUCGGGUCAAGUAAAGGAAGUUUCUUUGGAGUUUCGUUUCGGGGUUUUCACUUCUGGAUUACGUAACGGAUCUCAGUCGAUAGGAAGUGGAAGUGUAGAGUAAUGGAGUGUUCGGUAUUCCAUCAUGUGGUGAUUGUGUUGAUGUUCCUUUGGGUUCUCUCUUACUUGAAUCGAUCACACACCCUUUUCUAUUUUCUCGCUCUGAUUUAUCUCUACCUGGUUCAUGAACGGUAUGUGAUGAGAUUGAGGAGGAAACUACAGUUCGAAGAGAUGAAGCAGGCUACACAGAGACGGGUUCUAUCUGAUUCUGAAUCGGUACGGUGGAUAAAUCAUGCAGUGGAGAAGAUAUGGCCAAUUUGUAUGGAACAGAUUGCGUCUCAGAAGAUUCUGCGUCCGAUCAUACCUUGGUUCUUGGACAAGUAUAGACCUUGGACCGCGAAAGAGGCUCUGAUACAACAUCUCUAUUUAGGAAGAAACCCGCCUUUCUUGACCUAUAUAAGGGUGCUUCGACAGUCUACGAGUGAUGAUCACUUGGUGCUGGAACUUGGAAUGAAUUUCCUCACAGCAGAUGAUAUGAGCGCAAUACUUGCUGUCAAGUUAAGAAAAAGACUUGGGUUUGGAAUGUGGACAAAGUUGCAUCUGACAGGAAUGCAUGUCGAAGGAAAGGUGUUGAUUGGAGUGAAGUUCCUUCGUCGAUGGCCGUUUCUGUGGCGUUUACGUGUCUGUUUUGCAGAGCCGCCUUAUUUCCAAAUGAACGUAAAACCAAUCUUCACUCAUGGACUUGAUGUUUCUGUGCUUCCAGGGAUUGCAGGAUGGCUAGACAAACUCUUGUCUAUUGCAUUUGAGCAGACUCUUGUUGAGCCAAAUAUGUUGGUAGUUGAUAUGGAGAAAUUUGUUAGUCCCCAAUCAGGAGAAAAUUGGUUCUUUAUUGAUGAGAAAGAACCAGUGGCACACGCUCUUGUUGAAGUCAUUGAAGCAUCUGAGGUGAAGCCAUCAGAUCUAAAUGGUUUAGCUGAUCCUUAUGUGAAAGGGCAGCUUGGCGCUUACAGAUUCAAAACCAAGAUACUAAGGAAAACGUUGGCUCCCAAAUGGCAAGAAGAGUUCAAGAUACCAAUCUUGACAUGGGACUCUGCAAAUAUACUUAACAUUGAAGUUCAAGACAAAGACCGAUUCAGCGAUGACAGUCUUGGUGAUUGUUCAGUAAACAUUGCAGAGUUUAGAGGCGGGCAAAGAAAUGAUAUGUGGUUGCCUCUUCAGAACAUCAAAAUGGGGAGGCUGCACCUUGCUAUUACCGUACUUGAAGACGAAGCAAAGUGGAACGAUGACCCGUUUGAAGGAGUGACAAUAAGUAAGGAAGAUAUGUGGGCUUCUUUUGCUUCCCACGCUACAAACAAAGGCUCUUUCUCGUCAGUGGUAUCUGAUAAGUCUCCAAGGGUUCUUGAUAAUUUGGAACCAAUUAACAUUGAAGGACAAGAAGAGACAGGAAUCUGGGUGCAUCAACCAGGAACCGAAGUCUCACAGAUUUGGGAACCAAGAAAAGGCAAGAGUCGAUGCCUUGAUAACCAAAUACGUGGAGUUCUGAAUGAUACUUCUGCUGGAAGUGUCAAUGAAAGCAGCAGCCCCGAUGAAGGGAAGAACACGAUGAGGUCUGUUGGUCGGGGAUUGAAGAAAGUCGGUUCAGUAUUUCAUAGGAAUGGGAAAAAGGAAGAAUGUCACCACACAGGGAACAUGGAAGAGGAUAUUAGGUCUCCUCGGAUUAAUUUGAAGGCGUUAAAUCAAAAGGAUGUUGGAGUUAAGUUCAUCGUUGAAGACCGUUUAUCGGGGCCUCUCAAAGGAAGAUCUCCAAAAGGUGAGAGCUUUGGUUCUGAAGACAGUCAGCACAAGGGACACAUGAAGGAUGUUGCAAAGAGCAUUCUUAAACACGCUGAAAAGUCUGCAAGACACAUAAAGCAUGCAUUUUCACGUAAAGGGUCAAGGAAAUCAAGAGAUGAUGAGUGCUCAACCGUGUCAGAGCAAGAUGUUGUUCCUGAGUCUGAGUCUAUGUCCGGUUCCGAAUGUCAAUAUUCUGAUGAUGAAUCUGCCCUUAGCAGUGUGCAGGGCCUGGGGACGCCAAGAGCAGCAAAAACUGAAGGCAAAGUUGUCAGGGCAGGGGAAGAUGAUCAUGUAAAUAGAUAUAUGGAUGCCAGAGACUCUUCUGCUGGAGCUGAGAAAGUCCCCACGCCAAAAAAAGAAUCCAUGAAAUAAAAAAGGAAUUAUAGGUAAUCAAAGGCUUGCGGAUGGAAAUUUGAAUAUGUUCAAGUCAAGUAGUUGUAAAUAUCGACAAAGGAUUCGUGUACAGCUUUUUGAGUUUUGAGUCUGUGUCUUGG